CGACGCAAACGCCAGUUCUUCCGGUAGGCGUGGCGUAUCUGGCCGUGUUUGACUGUGCUGUGUGUUGAAGCUCGGGUUUUAUUUACUUUAUAAUGGCCGUAAACUUGAGUAAAAACGGCCCGGCGCUCACAGCCGCCUAUAAAGAGGUGGUGGAUGAGAAGUCCCAGACUAACUGGGCCUUGUUCACCUACGAAGGAAACACCAAUGAUAUCCGGCUGGUCAGUAAAGGAGAGGAAGGUCUGGAGGAGCUGGUGGAGGAGUUGAACAGCGGGAAGGUGAUGUACGCGUUCUGCCGGGUGAAAGACCCCAACUCCGGUCUCCCCAAAUACGUCCUGAUCAACUGGACUGGCGAGGGAGUGAAAGAUGCCAGGAAAGGACUGUGUGCCAACCACGUUAGCUCCAUAGCGAAUUUCCUGAAGGGAGCACACGUGACUAUAAAUGCUCGUGCAGAGGAGGACGUGGAACCUGAAUCCAUCAUGCAGAAAGUUGCCAAGGCUUCAGGAGCCAAUUACAGUUUCCACAAAGAGCCCAACCGCUUCAGGGACACAGGACCUCAGGGCCCUGUGGGAUCUGUGUAUCAGAAGACCAACGCAAUGUCUGAAAUCAAGAGAACCAACAAGGAUAACUUCUGGGCACAGGCAGAGAAAGAUGAGGAGAAGCGCCGACAGGAGGAGAAGAAGAAGAUGGAGGAGGAGCGCCUGGUGAUGGAGAAGGAGAGGAAAGCUCGGGAGGUCAAGGAGGCUGCGGAGAGGGAGAAGGUGGCCAAAGAGAGAGCCUCUCAGAUCGACGAGCAGAGGAGGUACCAACUGCAGGUUGAGAGUCAGCAGAAAAAACAACAGGAUGACGAGGCUCCAGCUGUCAAACCCAAAGGCUUUAAACGUGCAGAAUCUGUGGAAAAAGCCAAUGAGGCUGCUGCUCUCAUCUCCCAGCGUUCUCUGAACCCCAGAGCAAUGUUCCAGCAGAGAGAGAGAGGCAUGGAACCCAGCAGCACAGAGAACACACCAUCCAGCCCACAGCCUGGGCGGUUGAAAAGCCCUUUUCUGUUUAAGCAGCCUUAUGAGCCUGAGCCGUCUCGCUCUCCUGUGCACCAAGCCUCACCUGUAUGCGCCACAGAAACCAGAGUUGUGGAGUCUCACACUGAUUAUGAGGAACCAGAAGCUGAAGCAGAGUACGAAGAAGUGGAAGAAGUCGUCAGUGUUCAGAGCAGCUCUCAUGUGGAACCGCAGCAGUAUGAGCCAGUAACAGAGCCUGAAAACCUUUAUGAGGACCCACAGCAGGAAGAGGAGCAGAACCUGUAUGAAGACUCCGGUGAUCGUGGUACCUGUGCUCGAGCGCUGUAUGACUACCAGGCAGCUGAUAACACGGAGAUCUCCUUCGACCCAGACGACAUAAUCACUGGCAUCGAGAUGAUCGACGAAGGAUGGUGGCGAGGCUACGCUCCGGACGGCCAUUUCGGAAUGUUCCCGGCGAAUUACGUCGAGCUCCUCUAAGUGUCUCGACCAAUCACCCGUGGGUGGCGUCAGCUUUUGCCCCGCCCACAGUCAGUCACGUAGGGAAACGGGUCCGUUAGAUUUAAUUGGACAGACUGAACCAAAAGCAUUGAUCGACAAACGAAAAGAACUCCGGUGACUUAUUAGUUUUGUCUUUUUUUUUUUAACAAUAAUACUGUGCUCACCGUCUAACAAAACAACGGUGUGGAAUAAAUAGUCGUUGUUAUUUUACAUGUUAAUCUCAAAUAUUCCAUCGAUGUUUUAUAUUGUUCAAUAAAUUCCUUUUUGUUUUUUUGUUUUUUUUUUACUUUUACAAAUCUGGACCGAAAUCCUGUUUGAGACGAUCGAGUUUCAUUCACUUAUUUAGGACUAGAGAGAUUUGACUUCUGGUGUGACCUUCUGUGGUCUUGUUUUGCCUUGUUUUUGCCUCUUCUGCACAUUUUGGAGCAGUGAAAUGCCUCAGCCGACGAUCUGAACCGAGCUACUCGAGGAACCCGUCACCAGUCUGAUUUAUUUUCCUGUGUUUCUUCGUAUUUAAGCGGCUGAACUGUCACUAAUUCAGCGCGACCUUCUCUUAGCCUUCCUCUCUGCUCUGAAAUGUGGGGAAAAUACUGUGAUGUUCUUUUGCUUCGUUACGUUUCAGGGAACAAUCAUAAAACUGUCGUAAACAGAGUUUAUUUGGCUUCUCUUUGCGUUGUCUGAUUGAUUUACAACACAGUUUGCACAAACCCUGUGAAAGCUGUGGCUGUCUGAGAGCGACCGGGUGAAAACGGUGUUUUAUUUUUUAAGAUGUAGAUUGUAUGUAGGACGAUCGUCUGAUGUCCAGGAGCAGGAGCCUGGUUCCUUCAGACGAUCGUGACCUUUAAUCAGAACGAUGAAAUAAAUAAAUACAGUAUGUGAAAAUA